UGAGAACUAGGUCGACAGAAUAGUCAAUGUCUAAUUUUUUGGAUUGUUCGAGCAGUAAUUUGCUGGCAUAGAAUUACAAAUUGUGUAAAGAUUUAACAAAAAUCGAAAGUAUUAUGAAUAUCCUUUAACACAACUGCAUCGCAGAAAGUUGAGCAUCACAGAAGACGGAAUUAGAAUAAUACAUAUGGCAAAGACAAGUAGCUGAGAUGGCUGACAAACAUAGUUUAAACUAUGAUGUGAGGGAGCUGAAGCUAGGCAGUAGCUUUACAAACAACAAAACAUCUCAGUACCAUACAAUUAAAUAUGAUUUUAAGCCAGCAUCAGUGGAUGUCAACAAAAUGGCCACAGUUGAUGUGGGAACCAAUAACCAAGUCACAGUCACUGUACCACAUUUAGAUGGUGCCGGAGUUCCUCAGACAGUAUUCAAAGGCAGCCAAAGGCCAUACACAAAGGAAUGCGUGAUUAUUAUAGACAAGGUCACUGGAGAGAUCACUAUAGAAAAGCUCUCCAGUAACAUACAAGUUAAGAAAACGAGGUAA